CUGGUUGUAGUUAGCGACAGUUGUUCCACCGGCUUACAGACAGACUAAACCGCGACGGCGGUGGACUGUUUAUGUGUCCUAACAGAUAGGGAAAUAAUUUAACUAACUAAUUUCAUUUUGUUUGCCUCAGUUUUUACUGCUGAAAGUCAUUGGACCUAAAUUAUCCAAGAGCUGCUUGAUAGCGUCAACCUGUUCUCGAAGAGCUAAGUUAGCUAACGUCACCGUUGCUGUUGACUGCUAGCUUCUACUUGCGAUCAGUUGGCAGUUUCUCCUUCUGCUGCGCAUUAUUGAAAAGUAUUCAGCAUGCUGCAGUAAUUGAACUACAGAUUGUUGGAGUUCACUAUGGGCAUGUUGUGGGGCCAGCAAUGUGCCAGUUCAGGGAACUGCACAUCACCAGAACCCAACACCACCUCCAGAGACUUCUGCUACUCGGCUCGAAUUCGCAGUACUGUACUCCAAGGUUUACCUUUUGGUGGUGUGCCUACUGUUCUUGCCCUUGACUUUAUGUUCUUUUUGGUGCUCCUGGUUGUGUUUUCCGUGUUGAGGAAACGAGCAUGGGACUAUGGGCGCCUCGCCCUGGUGACUGAUGAGGACAGAUUGAUGGAUCAGCGGUAUAGUCGUCUGGAUGAUCGGGACUACGUGACCUCCACUGUGCCGUCAGAAACAAAUGAACGCUACGCACGCCUCACGUCGGUUUCAAGCUCAGUGGACAUUGACCAGAGAGACACAGGCUUUUGCUACUGGCUAACUGCCAUUUUCCGCAUCAAGGAAGAGGAAAUAAGGGAUAAGUGUGGUGAAGAUGCAGUACAUUACUUGUCUUUUCAGCGGCACAUCAUUGGCCUGCUUGUAGUCGUGGGUGUGCUCUCUGUGGGCAUAAUCUUGCCUGUUAACUUCUCGGGGAACCUUUUAGAAAACACUGCCUAUAAUUUUGGACGAACCACUAUAGGAAAUCUAGAUACAGAUAAUAAACUACUAUGGCUGCACACUACCUUUGCAUUUCUCUACCUGUUGCUAACAGUGUACAGCAUGAGGCGGCACACUUCAAAGAUGCACUACAAAGAGGAUGAUUUGGUGAAACGCACCUUAUUUGUUAACGGCAUUUCAAAAUAUGCAGAAGAGAAAGAGAUAAAGCAACACUUUGAGCAAGCGUAUGAAAACUGCACUGUGCUAGAAGUUCGCAUCUGUUACGAUGUAGCGAAGCUGAUGAAUCUCAACUCUGAAAGGAAGAAGGCAGAGCGCAACAAGAAAUUCUUUGUCGACCUGCAGGCCAAGGAGCAUGAUGUAACCAUGAUCAACCCCAAGCCUUGUGGACACCUUUGCUGUUGUAUCAUUAAAGGCUGUGAACAGGAAGAAGCUGUGGGCUACUACACCAGGCUGGAGGCAAAAUUAAAGGAUGAAUCCAGGAAAGAGCGAGAGAAAGUUAACAAGAAACCUUUAGGAAUGGCCUUUGUCACUUUUCAAAAUGAAACCACGACUGCCAUAAUUUUAAAGGACUUUAAUGCUUGCAAGUGCCAAGGCUGCCACUGCCGUCGUGAACCUAAGAACUCUCAGUUCAGCUCCAGGCUGCACACCCACAACUGGACCGUCACUUAUGCCCCCCAUCCUCAAAAUGUCUACUGGGAGCAUCUGUCACUGGGAGGAAUCUCAUGGUGGGUCCGCUGCUUCAUCAUCAACUGCAUCCUCUUCCUUCUCUUAUUCUUUCUGACCACCCCUGCCAUCAUCAUCUCCACCAUGGACAAGUUUAAUGUCACCAAACCAGUGGAGUACUUAAAUAAUCCCAUCAUAACCCAGUUCUUCCCCACCCUCCUCCUGUGGUCUUUCUCUGCCUUGCUUCCUACCAUUGUCUACUACUCUGCCUUCUUUGAAGCCCACUGGACCCGGUCAGGAGAGAACAGGACCACAAUGCAUAAAUGCUACACCUUCUUGAUCUUUAUGGUGUUGUUGUUGCCCUCCCUUGGACUCAGCAGUCUGGAUGUUUUCUUCCGCUGGCUUUUUGAUAAAAGAUUCUUGGCAGAUGCUAAAGUGAGAUUUGAGUGUGUGUUCCUGCCUGACAAUGGAGCCUUCUUUGUGAACUAUGUCAUUGCUUCUGCAUUCAUUGGUAAUGCUAAUGACCUGCUGAGGAUCCCUGGCUUACUUCUGUACAUGAUCCGCCUGUCACUGGCUCGCUCUGCAGCUGAGAGAAAGAACGUUAAGAAGCACCAAGCAUAUGAGUUCCAGUUCGGGGCAGCUUAUGCCUGGAUGAUGUGUGUCUUCACGGUGGUUAUGACCUACAGCAUCACCUGCCCAAUCAUCGUUCCUUUUGGACUGAUGUACAUGCUGCUGAAACACCUAGCGGAUAGGUACAACAUGUACUACGCCUAUCUACCAACAAAACUGGACAAGAAAAUUCAUUAUGGAGCUGUCGACCAAGUGGUGGCAGCUCCUAUUCUCUGUCUCUUUUGGCUUCUGUUCUUUUCCACUGUUCGAUCUGGGUUUGAUGCGGCGACAUCCAUGUUUACUUUUGUGGUUUUGAUCAUCACAAUCAUCAUUUGCCUUUCUCAUGUCUGCUUUGGGCAUUUUAAAUACUUAAGUGCUCACAACUACAAGAUUGACCAGGAUGUGGAUGAAGUGGAGAAUGGAGGUUCAUCACGCCCUUCUUCUGCCAGCAGGCCAACGCAAACAUACAUAUGUCAGGUACUUCAAGAUCCCCAGUCAGAGGAGGCCGGAUCAGGAAGCGGAGAGGACGACGGGCAGGGCUCCUCAAGGGAUGAGGAAAUUAUCCAAACUGAUAACUUCCACUCUGGGGAGGACAGCCUCAUUGAGAACGAGGUGCGGCAGUGAGGCAGUCUGGGACAGAAGGACAAACGUCAAGUUAAACUUGACGAGUGCAAUGAAUGUGUGACAUUAAAAUGGAACUGAACCAGCAGUUCACCAAAGCAUCUCAGCCUCCAUCAGGGGACCUUAGCUUGACUAACAUAAGCACACUGUCUACUAAGGAUUAAAAGGUUGUUUCUCAAGGACGUUUUCGUCAGUAGGCCUUGUCAAAGAACAUCGACUGUGUACCUGAAAUAGAAAUCUACUUUGACAAGGCAAAAGCGGCAAAGACUAGGCACUCUCUGAUCACUGCAGAUGGACCGAUGAAAGGAGACACUGAUGCACAAAUGAAGAGUUUUUGCCUUUUCUUUCUAGAGGAGAGAAGUUCUUUGUGUUUCCUUAACUUUUUUGCACUUGAAUGAAAGAACCAGGGAGCUCAGGUUUCUGAGGUACUGCUUUUAUGGCAUGCAAAUUCAAAGGAUGGAGCAACUGUUUCUUCAUGAUGCUUUGUCGGUGUGUCUGUCAGCAUUAGAUGCUUCCCAUGAAUAAGCAGCUUACUAAUGUCAGCAGAUGGCUAAAUUUGAGCUUUGGUGAUGGACUUAAACGGUUCUUCCAAUUCCAUAGAAGCCUUUAAACAUAAGAAGAUGUGCUACUAACACUCCUCGUAGCUUUACUACUAUACAUCUAUAUAACUCUGGAUUUGUAAAGUAGCGUUUUUUUUUGUUGUUGAGCGGAUAUUUAUUGUGAGCAUGAUAUUUUUAAAUCCAUUCCAGUCUGAUGCAACCUUAAACUGUGGAAUACGGUAUUUAAUUAAUCUCCUAGUACACUACACUGACACAAUGCUCUCCCUCAACGCCUGAGCCUUUGUAGGGACUGCUGCUGUGUUGGACCGCUGCUACUGAUGUUACCGCCCCUUCCCUAGAAGGGGAAUACCCCUGCACCGCUGCUGCAGCAGAACUGAAGGCUGAGAAUCUGUUGCUCAGAGGAUGCUUUUUUUUAGAUGACUCUAGGACUAGCUCUUCAUGCACUGUUUUCAUUUAAAUUGUCUCGUUUAAUGUUUACAGCAUGAUGUAGAGGUUUGAAAAUAAGCAUCAUAUUUAGAUGGCUACUUCUGGCUUUAUGAUUGGUUAAAAUGAAGUUCCUUCCACCCCUCUCUUCAUUACUAAUGUUUGUUUUUAUUAACACGCUUCAUGAUGGACAGUACCAGUCAGGUGUUUACAUCCAAACAUCAUCAGUGUGAAUCAGAUGGUGUGAUUAUACGACAACUCCAAAGAGUAAAAAAAAACAAAAAAAAAACUGGACUGUUUGUGCAAGUAUGUAGAUUUUCUGUAAACCCGACCGGGUCACAAUUAUACAUACAGGCUCAAACAUACACAUAGACCUCCGCAAAUACUUGAAUACAAGUUCCUAAGAAAGCUGUAGAGACACCACUCACAAGUUUCUGGUAUCAUUGUGUCUCAAUAUUUGACCCCUCUUCAUAUCAGAAAUAGUAGAGUUCAUUUAAACUGGCUGGCUUCCUGGCAUGAGGUCAUGGGGUCAUUCCACAAGCUUAAUUUCCUGCCGUUUCCAUUCCAUGUGAGCUUGAGAUCGUAGCCUUGUUGAAAGGUCUAAAUGUGUCCACGUUUCAGCCAUCCAGCUGUUCAUUUGAGCUAAAGCUAAAGAAUUUUGAGGUACUCUUAUCAUUCCUCACACUUUGAGCAAUGAGCUUCUACAGCUGGGCUUAAUAUAGCCUCUUAGCAUGAUGCUGCCACCACCGUGCUUAAUGUUUGAAAGUCUCACUAUGAUGCCUUCAAACAUACAUCUUGUCAUUGUGUUCAGAUUUCAGUCCAGUUUGAAGGCAUUUGGAGCAGGAGCUUUUUAUCUUGGUCUGCCUCUUCCCAGUCUAUAGUGAUGUUACACUGUUCACUAUGGACAGUGACCCCGGUGUUCCACCAUUUUCCAGUUUGAUACGCUUGAGCCUUGUUGGUUCCUCAACAUCCACACUAAUUUCAUUUCUUUUGAAGGUCAGAUGGUUUAAACUUGGUUAUCACUGGUUCUUCAACAGGACAUUGAUCCUGAACACUCGUCCAAACUGGUCCUGUAAUUUAUUAAAGCGUUCUAACAUUAAGCUUCUGGAAUGGUACUGACCUCAACUCUAAUGAACAUUUAUGCGCUAUUCUAUUUUCUAUUUAAGAGAAAAUCCCAAAUAAAUUAAAGCUUGUUCUCCUAAUUCUUAUUUUUAAACUUUAUUGAAGUUUAAUCAUUCCUGUCUGGAACAAGAAAGGUUCAGAUGCAUAAAAAAGCUCAACUUAACAUUCAUGCCAGAAAUGAUUGUAUGUAAACAACUGAACUAUUCUGUAGGUAACAUAUUUGAUCACUGUUACAAGUUCUCAUCACUCUUUACACAGACCAGUAGUGUUUAAUUCAAACUGAUUUUUCCAUUAACAUGUCGCCUGCGCUCACAUUGGGUGGACCGAUGGAGACGUUUUACGUCUGCUUCUCCCUGUACCACCAUAUCAAAGAAGAAUGUAAUGUUUCUGCUUGUUGGGCUGGGGUGAAACCAUCUGGUUGUUUUCGUUUCACCCUUACAUCCGUGCUACGAGGAUGUCUCCAUACUUAUUAUCAUCUAGAUUUAAUAGUUAACACAUUCAUGACCUGCUGGUGCCUACUGAAGUAGCUCCUCGCUGAUUCUAACCAAAUGACAAACUUCAUGUAACAAAUUAUUUGAAAACUAGUGCCCAUACAGUUUCUCAGGAUCUUUGAAGUUUUACUUUAAUUUUCUUUUCUUCUUCUUUUUUUUUUUUUUUUAAACAUUAUAGCUUGCCCCAUUAACCUUAAAGGAAACUGCUGGUAAAUAAUGCAAAAACAGCCACUAACCAUUCACUGUUGGAUAUGAUGCACUAAUCUUUUUUUCACUGAUAUGACUGACAAAGAGGAGCGCACAGUAACCGCAACCAUGGACCAAAACGGCUUCAAUGCGGUUUGUUGUGUCACGGCUUCAGUAAGAUUGUUGACCUGCUGUUUCUCUUGUCAUGAUUGGGUAACUUGCUUUAUACCUCUUUUAUACAUCUAAGAUAACUGAAUGUGUCCUGUCAGAAUAACAAACACUGUCAUGCCGUGAGAGUGUUUGUGAGAGCUGUGUUUAAAAUCUCAGCUUCUGGUUUUUAGCACUGAAUGUCGUCUUUGUUAGGUAAGUGCAAAAUAACUAAAGGGUCUCUGAAAGAAUGGUUUUCUUGCUAAUCAGGAAUUGAACAUUUUAUACUGGAACGAAAGUCAUCCCUGUCUAGUUUCUGUGUUGGCAUUUCGUUGGAGUCUGCAAGUUGAUAAGCUGUGGACUUAUUAGCUUGGUCGAUGGAAUAACUGGAAAGAAAUGCUUUGUUUUUGUAAAGAGCCAAGCGAACAGAUCAUCAUCAUAAUGUCUCCUCUGUUUGUUUAGAAAAGGUGGUUAAAUGUGUGUCUACCAACUAAAACUGCUGAAAUGUUUCUGUUUUGUUGAGUAAUGCUACAUGUUAAAGUGACAACGUCAGGUUUCAGCCUUUAACUCAUAGAUUGUCUUUUUCUCUGAUGCCCCAUUUGUUCAGCAGAUAUAUGCUGUUUAUAUCUGUACUGCCCUGGUUUUGUUUCAACAAUAAAUCUGCAUCUAAUCAA